CUUCUUCUUCUUCUUCUUCCCGCUGCAGCCAAAAAAAAAAGGGGAACCUAGCCAUGCUUGAGGGAACCGAUGAGAAAGCUUGGAUUCCUCCUUCUUUUCUUGUCCAAAAACCAGAUUUGAGCCUUGAAAUCUUCCCCUCUGCUGCAAAAAUCUCGGAUCUGCCUUGCUCUGCUCCUCACCGUUCGGCUGCUCCUGCUUUGUGGGUCCGUGAGCUUUCUUCUUCCAUGCCGCCGGCCUUCCCCCAAUCUGCUAGCUCCGGUUCCUUGCUUGUAAAUUCUGGUUCCCAAUCAUUCUGUCAGUUAGCAUUGAGAUUGAGUGCUCGGUUUUAUGCAAGUGAGGUAAGUAAAUUUAUGGUAAUGCCCGUACUGUUUUAAAAGCAUGUUUUGAUUUGUUUUUGAAGUGGUGGCGGGACUAAACCCGUUUUACACAAGUAUGACUGAUUUGAAGUGAAAUGUUUUACGCUUUUCAUUAAAUUGAGCAUGCCUACUUGAAAUUUAAGUGAUUGUCCUGAUGAUCUGAAAGUGAUUGUGAAUUGUGAUUUUCCUAUUAACUUCUGCCUGUUUUGUCUCCGAUAUGGUCAUGUUAUUCGUGUGCCCGCUAGUGGGAGGUUUAUAAACGCUAGCACAUGUCGACAUGUUAGUGAAAGAGCCGGUUCGUUCAACCCUACUAGUGGGGGUUAUACACCAGCAAAUCGUGUGCCCGCCAGUGGGAGGUUUAUAAACGCUGGCCAUGACCUAUAGAGGAGACGUCUAUUUUGUGCCCGUAUUGUAUCUGUUUUCAUGAUUGUACGUGUUGGCAUGCUUUAAGUUUGAUAAGGGGCACUCCAUAUUUACUUACUGAGUUUAUCUCAUAGUUUUUCCUUGUCCACCAUUUCAAGAAGUGAAAUCGAGGACGGGGAAACCACGGGAAGUGACGAGUUAGAAAGCUAGCCAUAUUGUAAUUGGAUAUAAAUUUUAGAUAUGAAUCAUGAUCUUGUAUUUGGAGAUUUUAUGAUAUGAGAGAAUUUUAAAGAUUUGAUCUUCAGAUUUUGAUGGUAUCAGAGUGUGAUAUGAUAAGUUCCGAGCCUUGUGCACUUGUGGGACCCGUCUCACGAGUGUACGGCGUCUGUCGCGCCUCGAAUUUGGGUCUUGGGGCGUGACAAAUAAUGCUAUUGAAUAUCU